AUGACUGGACUGAACGGGUACUCUGCUCCAGACAUGCAUUGCCUCAGACUCAGCGUGAUGCCAAUCCAGCUGUGUGCUGUCUUCUGCUGUGUCCUGUGGAGGUCGUGUCCUGUGGAUGCCAUUUCAUACAGAGAACCAACAAGUCCCCCUGCGAUGCUCCUGCCUACAGCGUUGGGAUACCAGUUGCCCUCUUCAGACCCCUUGUCCUGCCAGAUCCUGCUCCCAAAGUACCUCCCUGGCUUCGCUCACAUGCCCCCUCUCCCUAAGUUCCUGGUAGGCCUGGCUCUGAGGAAUGCUCUGGAGGAAGCUGGCUGCCAGGCUGAUGCCUGGGCUCUGCAGCUUCAACUUUACCGACUGGGAGGUGUGGAGGCCACACAGGCCCUCAUCCACCACCUUCAAGAGCUCCACAAAAGUGGACACUCGGACUGGCAAGUGUCAGUGGAUGCUCUGUCCUCUGCUCUGCAGCUCUUAGCCUGGGAGCAGCGGGGUCUGAAGAGGGUCCAACGCUCGUUUUCUGAUGUGGACUGUGAGAAUGAACAGGAGCAGAGUGUUCACGAUUUGGUCCAGCUGCUGCCAGGAGUUGGGACCUACUACAAUCUAGGCACAGCUUUCUAUUAUGCCACUCAGAGUUGCUCUGACAAAGCCAAGGAGCGAGGACAAGAUGGGGCCAUAGAUCUGGGUUAUGACCUUCUGAUGGCCAUGGUGGGUCUGUCAGGGGGGCCAGCUGGUGUGGUGAUCAGCGCUGCUCUGAAGCCAGCAAUGAAGGCUGGGGUUCAGCAGCUGAUCCGAUAUUAUUUUGAUGAGAAACGGUGAACAUCCCCUAAGCCAGAGACCAGGAAGGACGGGACCUCAGAUGGCAGGGACUCAGAAGAAACAACCACGGCCACUUUGGUGUCAGAAGUUGGAAGUACACCUUCCUACGGUGGGCAAACCUUAGUCAGAAACUAUGGUGCCUUGGCAUACAAGAGCGCUAAGGCGAGCCUCUCGGCCAGUCCCUGCAGCCGGCCGCGACGUUUCGAGCCGCUGGCCCAGCCCAGCGGAGGGCGGGGUUACGGUUCCGCCAAUGGGAGUGCCACGCGGGGGGAGGGCGUGGCCGAGCCUCCUGCCGACUGGGGAGCCCGGAACCGCGGGUCUCCAGCGCUCGGUGGUCCGUUCGGCCGCUCACGGGCUGAGUCCGCCGAAGUCGGGGGCGGGGUGGGCUCUGGAGCGGCUUGGAGGAUUGCAAGUUUCCGCGGGAGCCCCUGGGAGGAGCGGCCCUGGACGCUCAGAAGGUACAGGCCCCGAGAGGGUGUGCAGAGCAGGGAGGAGGAGGAGUCCGGUCCCGGGAAGGAAGGGCUCCUGCGCCUCCGUGAUGCCCCUGAAGAUAAGGCUGCUGCUCGCUGGCCGAAGCUGAUGCUCUGGUGUGUGCAGGAUGUUACACCCCCGCUUAGCUCUGCUCCUCAACCCUGGCGACUUCCUUGCAGAACUCCUCGCAGCCCCCUGAAGCCUGGCGUGUAG